UUUGCUUUCAAUCAUUUGAUAAGUGAAAAAUCGUAAUUUUUGCAGAGAAAAGUUCAGUGCUAAUAAUAAAAAUCAUUUAAAUCUGUAUUUUUAUAUAAAGAAUUCAUUGUUAUUUUUAAAGAUAUAUUUAACAUCAAAAUAAAAAUUAGGAAUACUCACAAUAUUUGUUAAAGAAACUUACAGCUUGAAGUUUAUAUUAUGGCGAAAAAUUUUCAAAAUGGCAGACCCAUGCACAGAGCUGCUGCAGUACCCUAUAAAAAACCUUUCAAGAACAUGGGUAAUGGUGGAGGAGGACCAAGACCUGCACCCCCAGGAAAUUUUAAUCAGAUGAUGUUCAAUGGAAGUCAAAUUCCGGAUAAUCCGGGUUAUUUAGACUUUAAUAAUCCAUCACCUCCCGUUGGCGGAGGAAAUGGAAUGGGUCAAAUGCAGCAGAAAAAGAAAAAUAAUAAGAAUAGACAAAAAGGAAAACCACAAAUACAAUUCCAGCAACAGGCGAGUAAUGCACAACUUCAGCUCAAUGGAAAUGGAAAUUGGAAUAAAAAUAAGGGUAGCCAUUUUCACGGACACAAUGGUGCUGGUAACAAUAGAUUUAAUAGCGGUAAUAAUGGUGGUCCACGUAACUUCAAUAAUAGUGGUCCGGUACCGCCAAACGGUAUGAACCGGAACCGUCGAAUGGGUCCACCACCUGGACCAAUGCCACGUGGAAAUAUUUCAAUGCCUCCAAUUCAACCACAAGCGCAUGGAUUUCAGCCACAAAUGAUCCCACCAAUGCCACCUAUGGGUAGAGGUCCAAUUCCCCCACCAUUGGGCAUACAACCACCACCACCGUUCCUCCGAAGAAGUGGACGUAUCGGACCGAUACCACCAAUUCCCCCACCAAUGCCACCAAUGAUCCCACCGCGCAUGCCUCGUGCUAUGCCGCCAGCACCAUUUAGCAAUGCUGGCAAGAUUAAAAAACCCAACACGAAAUUGGUUAAGAAGGUGGUAAAAGGAAAAAGUACAAUUAAGACAUUAAAAAAUCUGGUUAAUCAAUAUCCCAUUGAAAAGCCUUGGGUAAGCGACGAAAUACGGGCAGAAUAUGACAAGAAAGUUGAUAUUGAAAAUAGGCUCAAAGGAAAUAAGAAUGACGAAUUAUUUGCAGAAUUUAAAGUGCAGCGGGACAAGUUUGUAUCAAUGUAUGAAACAGCACGGGAGGAAUACUUAAAAAAGGAAGCGGCGGCCGUUAUGGCGAAGGAUGCUAAAGACAAACAAACAAUUAACAAGACCGCCACAAAGGAAGAAAGCAAGAAUGAAGCAAAAGCAAAGUAAAAUAGUAUGCAUCAAAGUAAUAUUUAGCAAAUACCAGAAUGAGUCUUAACUCGUCUACUCAUUCAUAGAUUAUAGAUUACGUUUAAAUUUGAAUAAAACUGAGUAUUUGACAUUGCAAUGCAAUAUAAAAACUUGCAAACAUUUUAAAAUGAACAAGAAGAUCAUAAACCGCACAUUUACAUCAAAUGGUUUAUGUGAACUGUCCAAAAUAGUGUAUUACUAAACGUAAAUUAGUAAUUGUUAAGAAAAAUAUUAAAAGUAAUAAAAGGAAUUUGUAAGCACAUUUCCGCUAUUUUAAUAAAUAUACAAAUUCAGAGUCAGAUAAUAUGUUUAAACAAUUUCUAUAUUAAGCAACUUUGCUACACUCUAUAUUGAUAUGAAUUUUUAGUAUGAAAAAUGGCAAAUACAUAAUAUAAAUAUAAAAUUAAUGAAUACAGCUUAACAAACUGGCAUUAUGCAAAAAGAUUUUAGCACAUCAUUUGAUAACAAUUAUUUAUCUUAUAUUUUGCGAUAAACUAAUGAAAACUAGAUAUAACAAUAAUUAAAAGCUGGAAAGUUAGUUUUUAAAUAAAUGUUUAAAAUCCUAUUUUCAUGUUUUGAAAAAUAUUGUAAUCUUUUCGCAACAAAAUUUAAUUUUAGUAGAAAAUAUAAUAUAUGUAUGUAUGUGCAUAUAUCAUGAUGUUACAUCAUAUCUGUAAAUCGUCGAAAAUUAAUGAUUAUGUAACAAUGAGUUUUAAAAUAAAAUUAAAAUAAAGGUAUUUGCCC